ACCUCGCUUAAUUAGAAGGAGAGACGUUGCUUAUGGGACACUCAUCACACAUGGAAGUCUUGUUCUCUCUCUCAUCUCUAUCUCUCUCGAUUUCUUUGUCUCCUCCGUCGCCCCGACUUUGGAUUGGGAGGCUGAUGAAUCUUUUAGAUCUUCGAGCGAUAUGAGGAGGAACCAGUCGGCGAGUGAUUUUAGAGAAUCGGGAGGUCGCGGUGCUCCGGCGAAGUCGAAGUCUUCGAAGGAUAUUUAUUCGAGGUCGCAACUUGAGGCUUCUGCUGCGAAUAAAGAGAGUUUCUUUGCGAAGAGGAUGGCUGAGAAUGAGUCUAAGCCGGAGGGGCUUCCUCCUUCGCAGGGAGGUAAGUAUGUGGGGUUUGGAUCAAGCCAUGGUCCUGCUCCCAGGAGUAAUUAUCAGGGUGGUGGUGGAGAUGUUUUCUCUGUCAUGUCUGAGGGAUUUGGAAGAUUGUCUCUUGUUGCCGCAUCAGCUGCGAAUGUUGUUCAGACAGGAACCAUGGAGUUCACUUCCAAGGUCAAAGAAGGUGGUUUAGAUCACACGGUGAGUGAGACUGUUAACGUUGUUGCGAGUAAGACAACAGAGAUAAGACAGAGGACAUGGGGGAUCAUGAAAGGAGUAAUGGCAAUUGCUUCACAAAUGGUUGAAGAGUUCACUAAAGAAGAAGCAUCGACCUGGAACCAACAGAAUACAAACGAGGGCAACGGUUACUACCAGAACAAAGGAGCAACCACGAAUAUGGCGAGCAAGGAUCCGAAUCACGAGCAACCUACUCCUCUGAGUAUCGAAAGCAAAGCCACUCAGGAUCAAUUCUUCGGUAAGUGUCGAUUCUCUUCUCUGCAUAUGAUUACGCUUAGACGAUGAGUUUCUCUGCGAAGUUGUCUGGUGAUUGUGAUGAGAACAUUCUGAUUGCUGUCUUGC